AUGCUCCCUACCUUCUGCGAGGAACACUGCGUAAAUCUCGUGCCGGACUCCCACACCAUGUUCGCCCCUCCUUCUCACAAGAACGAGUACCCACCAGCAGGUGUGAUAGAGAUAGGCAAACCGAGCUCCAUCCGAAUGCGACCGGGGCAUCUGCUCCUCACCAUGCCGCAUCUGCUUCGCUUCCCACAAACCUUCGCAUCUCACGCGUUAGUGAACCUGUCCCAGGAUGCGGAGGACCUUCGAGGAAAUACAACAAGGUGGAGUCAUCAGCUCUCCACGUCAGCCUUAGCUCAGCCUUCGGAUGCUCCAGGGACAGACGAAUGCAGCGUCGACAUCAUCUCCGCAAUCGGCGAAGCCCUCGCGGGCCGCCGCGCCUGGAGCGACCGCAAGGACACAGCAGCCGCAACGAGCGUUGUGGAUAAAUUUCGCGAGAGGCUUGUCUUGGAGUUUCAUGAAGCUCUGGAUAUUGUGGAGAUCGGCCACACCGAGUCGGCUGCUGCGCUGGCUGCUGACGUCGUACUCAGCGAUGUCUCCGCAGAGACCGACUGGGCGGCUACGGAGCUGGGGAUCAGCACUCUGCUAAACGUAGAGCCACCUUGGCUGCCGGAAUCGUUUGAUCACAUGAGUCUGCAGGAUCUGGGGUUUGACGCCCUUGGAGAGAUCGAUCUCUUUCCUCAAAAAAGCAUAGCAAGCUGA